UUUUCUUGUUUCUCUUUUUCCCUUUUUUUCUAAACAUAAAAACAAUGGCUCAAAGACUGGACUCUAUUUCUCGUGCAGCCAGUUUGACAUGGAACCCAAAGCCACAGCUUUUGCUAGCAACAAGUGACCAAGAUUAUUUAGAGAUUUUUAAACUUGAUUCUGUUCAUUUCAAACCAAGUCGUUUAUGCAAAACAGCGACACACUUUAAGAUCAACACACUCAGUUGGGGAAAUCACCAUAAUCAAGCAGAUGGUAUUAUUGCUGCUGGAACAGACCAAGGACAUCUGGAGCUUUGGAGUCCGUUUGCUUUGAUAAACAAUAAAAGCACUCAAGAGUCACUGAUAAUGAGAGACACGACGACACAUACAACCGCAGUAAAUGCUCUUGACUUCAAUCCCUCUCAGCCCAAUUUACUAGCUUCAGCUGGAAAUCAAAGUGAGGUUUACAUCUGGGACCUUUAUCAUCCUCACUCAUCUUAUAAACCUGGUCCUCGAUCAUCUAAAAUGGACCAUAUUCGUGCUAUAGCAUGGAACGGACAAGUACAGCAUAUCCUAUCCACCGCCUCGACAAACGGAUAUACCGUGGUCUGGGAUAUACGAAAUAAGAAAGAAAUUAUGAUCCUACCACAGCACCCAGCUGUCAUCUCAUCUAUUGCGUGGCACCCUGAUAUUGCGACACAGAUCGUUACUGCUGCUCAUGAUGGGACUAUUUCAUUAUGGGACCUUCGACAUGCACAUACUCCAGAAAAAGUAAUGAAAAGUCAAGACAGCGUAUGUGGCCUGAGUUGGUGUAAACAAGAUUCAAAUUUGCUGUUAUCAGGUGGAAAAGAAAUUCUCUGCUGGAAUCCAAACUUGGGGGAACUUUAUGGAAAACUGGUCGAAAGCAAGGAUUCGCUUCAAGUGGCCUGGUGUCCCUAUCAUCCUAGCAUUAUCGCUUCAUCGUCACUUGCUGAAUCUGUUGAUAUCCAUCCUAUUCAAUCACUCAGGAUAAGAUCACCUCCAAGAUGGCUACGCCGAACCACUACAGCCUCGUUUGGACAUAAUGGAAAGAUAGCGGUCGUAUUGAAGCAUAGAGUAUUAUUGACAACAGUCAAAAUAGAUCCCGAUAUCAUUAAGCGCUCUGAACAACUGGAAUCGGCCACAAGCGAUCUUGGUAGUGUAGACACGUUUAUUAAAGACCGUAUUCGAGAAAGUUGCGAAAAAGAAGACUGGACGAUACUAAAGAUACUUUUUGCAGACGACGCACGAGAGCAGCUCAUACGGCAUUUGGGGUUUAAUAGGAAUCAAGUGACCAUGUCACAUCAAGCACCUUCACCGCAUUCCUUUUUUGGCAAAAUGGUCAACCCCCUUCCGAUACGCUUCCUCUCUUCUCCUUUAACGGACCGCUCGAUUGCUGAAUAUGUGGGCCUUGGUGACUUUGAAUCGGCGGUAGAUGUAUGUCUGGCAUCAGAACGGUUCUCAGACGCACUGGCCAUCGCAGCAUGUCAUAGUCCUGAACUGUUCAGUCGGGUCCACAAGACGUUUAUUGAACGAUAUGCACACGAACAUACCUACCUUCAUCUCCUCGGAAACAUCGUGAACCGAGACCUGGAUUCUGUCGUCACCACUGCAGCCCUGGAUGAAUGGAAGUUUAUCUUGGCCACUCUCUGUACCUUUGCCCAGCCUGGUGAUCUGGCUCGGCUUUGUGAGUUAUUGGGUGACCGUCUGAUGAAAGCUCAGAAAGAAAAGCAGGCAUUAAUCUGCUACAUGGCUGCAGGUCAUUUGGCAAAGACUUUCAGUAUUUGGAUUGCUCGAUUAGAAGAAAAGGAGAAAUGCCAAGAAGAAUACACCAUUAGAUUGCAGGAAUUGGUUGAAAAGUUGACCAUCUUUCGUAAAGCAAUCCAUUACCAAGAAUCGACAGUGAUAACCUCUCAGGGGACGUAUGAGCUGGCUAGACUGUAUGAUACAUACUGCGAUUAUGCUCAGCUUAUGGCAGCGCAGGGGAAAUUGGACAUUGCAUUAAAGUACAUCAGUCUAGUCCCUGAAGGGUAUAGCAAACGGGCAUCUCUUGUUCCUAAUCUGCAACCAGAGCAUGGUGAUGUAACGUCAACAGAGGUAGAUCAUUCAGCAGCAUCUACUGCAGUAGUACCAGAUACAGUGCAUCCUUCGCCUUUAGCGCCACCUACAAGUGCAAGUUACCAUACAGCUCCACGACAAUGGCGUUCAUAGAAAGAGUAUAUAAAAGAGGAGGGGUUAGUUACGACGUAUUUCAACGGAAAUUAUUUUUCUUCCAUACAAUAAAAAAAUACCUUGUGUGCAUUCUACAAGCUUUAAAGAGACCUGUUUGUUCAGAAUCGCUUUUUUAAAAAAGGCAAUGUCCUUUUUCAUCAACAAGAGCAUAUACAAUCAGACAAAAUUUAAGAUGCAUAUAUCACUGACAGCAAAUAUAGUAACGUAAUAUAAAGCUAAUGCAAACCAUUCUAUUUACUUGCAAUGCAGCUUUAGUAGAUAUUAUGC